AUGAAUCGAUUUGAUUGGAAUAAACUUUCACCCGACGAAUUUCAACGUCUACAAGACUAUAUUUCAUAUGCUCCCAAGAAAGUCAAAGAUGUUGUUGCUAUUCUUGAAAAAGAUCAAAAUUGGUUAAAACAUAAAUAUGAUGAACAACUUGAUUAUGUCGGUUUUCGACAAUUUCUGGAUUUACUUGUCGAUAAUGCUGAUAUACCAGAAGAUUUAUGUCGACAUUUGUUUUUAUCAUUUAUUAAAAAACCUCAAAUGGUACAAACAAUCGAUCCAGCAUCAGCCAUUAGAACACUUCCAAUUGCAACAGGAAUAUCACCGUCUACGACGACAACUACACCAGUACCAACACCAGUAAUAACUUCUUCACAAACUCCAACAAUAUUUACAGUUUUUCGUCAAAAAAAAACUACUGAUGAUCCACCUAUUGAUGCUAAAAUUCGAACGGGUAUUUGUUCUAGUGGGAAAGAAAGUCUUACACGUCGAAAUAAUUCUCAUGAUCAACAUCAUGAAUCACCUGGAAAUUCUCGACAAUCAUCGAGAAAAUCUAAUCCCUCCAUACAUUCGAUUCAUUCAUUGCAUAGUAAUGCGGUAACAACAGUUAAUAAUUCAGAUGAUCCAUGGGUCUUUCGUACAUCUCUUUCACAAUUAUUAUCUAAAAUAUCUGGUAAUGAACUUACACGUGAUGGUCAUAAUCAUCAUCAUCAUCAUCAUUUUCCAUCAGCACAACAACAAGCAGCAAUGAUUCAAUCACACCAAAUUGAUAUAAAUACAACACGAAUUUAUUUAAAAGAUAUUGUUUGUUAUUUUUCAUUGCUGGAAGGUGGAACACCAGAACAAAAACUUGAAUUCAUGUUUAUGUUAUAUGAUGAAGAUGGAAAUGGAAUGUUAGAUAAACGAGAAACAGAUUCAAUCGUUAAUCAAAUGAUGAAUGUUGCUGAAUAUCUUGGUUGGGAUGUAUCUGAAUUAAGACCAAUUCUUGAAACAAUGAUGAAAGAUAUUGAUUAUGAUAAUGAUGGUACUGUAACAUUAAGUGAAUGGACACGAGGUGGAUUAACAACAGCACCUCUUCUUGUAUUACUUGGACUUGAUUCAAAUGUAAAAGAUGACGGAACUCAUUCAUGGAGAUUAAAACAUUUUAAUAAACCUGCUUAUUGUAAUCUUUGUUUAACAAUGCUUGUUGGAUUAGGUAAACAAGGUUUAUGCUGUACAUUUUGUCGAUAUGUUGUUCAUGAACGUUGUGCUAAUCGUGCACCAGCAAAUUGUAUUUCAACAUAUGCAAAAGCACGUAAACCUGAUACAAUAAUGUUACAUCAUUGGACUGAAGGCAAUUGUGCCGGAAAAUGUGAUCGAUGUAAGAAAUCAAUUAAAAGUUAUAAUGGUAUCACCGGUCUUCAUUGUCGUUGGUGUCAAAUGACCUUGCAUAAUAAAUGUGCAUCACAAUUAAAACCUGAAUGUGCAUUAGGACCUAAUCGAGAACAUAUUAUACCGCCAAUAUGUAUUUGUCCAGCUGUUUUGGAACGACCAAAAGCUUCACGAACUGGAAGUGAAGUUAAAAAAGAAGAUUCAUGUGUUGAAGGAAACAUGCAAUCAUUUCAAAUCAAUCCAUUACCAAAUACACAUCCAUUACUUGUUUUUAUUAAUCCAAAAUCAGGUGGAAAACAAGGAGAACGUAUAAUGCGUAAAUUUCAAUUUUUAUUAAAUCCUCGUCAAGUAUUUAAUCUUGCUAAGUCUGGACCAAUGCCUGGAUUACAAUUCUUUAAAGAUCUUGAAGAUUUCCGCGUUCUAUGUUGUGGUGGUGAUGGAACUGUGGGUUGGGUACUUGAUGUUAUGGAUCGAGUACCACUUCGUCGUCGAGCUCCUGUUGCUGUUUUACCAUUAGGUACUGGAAAUGAUUUAGCUCGAUGUUUAGCAUGGGGUGGUGGUUAUGAAAAUGAAAGUUUAACAAAAGUACUGAAAAAAGUAGCUCAAGCUCCAAUGAUUAUGCUUGAUCGAUGGCAAAUUGAAUUUAGUACACAAACAGAUACAGAAGAAAAAGGAGAUGAUAUUCCAUAUAAUAUAAUAAAUAAUUAUUUUUCUAUUGGUGUUGAUGCGUCAAUUGCUCAUCGAUUUCAUUUAAUGCGUGAAAAACAUCCAGAAAAAUUUAGUAGCAGAAUGAAAAAUAAAUUAUGGUAUUUAGAAUUUGGUACUUCAGAAGCACUAUCAUCUACAUGUAAAAAUUUGCAUGAAGAUAUUGAUAUAAUGUGCGAUGGUGUUUCACUUGAUUUAUCAAAUGGACCAUCUUUAGAAGGUAUUGCAUUAUUAAAUAUUCCAAGUAUAUAUGGUGGUACUUCAUUGUGGGGUGAAGGUGCUCGACAUAAAAGUCGAAAAACACCGUUGAGCCUUCAUCGAAAAGACUCGGAAUAUUCCACAAGUUCAACGUCAGAUAUGACAUUUGUUUUACAAGAUGUGGGAGAUAAAUUAAUAGAAGUUGUUGGUGUACAGUCAGCUAUACAUGCUGGAUCUAUUUAUGCUGGUGUUCGAUCAAGUGCAAAACGACUUGGUCAAUGUUCAUCAGUUGUUAUCAGAACUCACAAAAGUUUCCCGAUGCAAAUCGAUGGUGAACCAUGGCUACAACCACCAUGUACUAUUUCAGUAAUACAUAAAAAUCAAGUACCAAUGUUAAUGGCACCACGAAAAGAACGUAAAAAUGGUUUAUGGCGUUUCUUUCGAAAACAAUAA